AUGAAGCUAAUAGCAGAAGAUGCAGAUAGCCCACCCAAUGGACAGAUUCAUUUUUCCAUCGUGAACGGAGAUCGGGACGAUGAAUUUGCUGUGGAGCCUGUCCUGGGACUUGUAAAGGUUAAGAAGAAAUUAGACCGCGAACGGGUGUCUGGAUACUCCCUGCUCGUCCAGGCAGUAGACAGUGGCAUUCCUGCAAUGUCAUCAACUGCCACCGUCAACAUUGAUAUUUCUGAUGUGAACGACAACAGCCCGGUGUUCACCCCUGCUAACUACACUGCUGUGAUUCAGGAAAACAAGCCAGUAGGCACCAGCAUUCUGCAGCUGGUGGUGACAGACAGAGACUCCUUUCACAAUGGGCCUCCCUUCUCCUUCUCUAUUCUGUCGGGAAACGAAGAGGAGGAGUUCAUAUUGGACCCACAUGGGGUCCUGCGGUCAGCUGUGGUCUUCGGGCACACGGAGUCUCCGGAAUAUGUGCUGUGUGUCCAGGCAAAAGACUCCGGCAAACCGCCGCAAGUUUCUCACUCCUACAUCCGCGUGCGGGUCAUCGAGGAAAGUAUUCACAAGCCCACAGCCAUUCCCCUGGAAAUUUUCAUUGUCACCAUGGAGGAUGAUUUUCCUGGUGGGGUCAUUGGGAAGAUCCAUGCCACAGAUCAAGACAUGUAUGAUGUGCUCACGUUUGCCCUGAAAUCGGAGCAGAAAAGCUUGUUCAAAGUGAACAGUCACGAUGGGAAGAUCAUCGCCCUGGGAGGCCUGGACAGCGGCAAGUACGUCCUGAACGUGUCAGUGAGUGACGGCCGCUUCCAGGUGCCCAUCGAUGUGGUCGUGCACGUGGAGCAGCUGGUGCAUGAGAUGCUGCAGAACACCGUCACCAUCCGCUUCGAGAACGUGUCCCCUGAGGACUUCGUGGGGCUGCACAUGCAUGGCUUCCGGCGCACCCUGCGGAACGCGGUCCUCACCCAGAAGCAGGACAGCCUGCGCAUCAUCAGCAUCCAGCCCGUGGCGGGGACCAACCAGCUGGACAUGCUGUUUGCGGUGGAAAUGCACAGCAGUGAGUUCUAUAAGCCAGCCUACCUGAUCCAAAAGCUGUCCAACGCCAGGAGGCAUCUGGAGAACGUCAUGCGCAUCUCGGCCAUCCUGGAGAAAAACUGCUCGGGGCUGGACUGUCAGGAGCAGCACUGUGAGCAAGGUUUGUCCCUGGACUCCCACGCACUCAUGACCUACAGCACGGCUCGCAUCAGCUUUGUGUGCCCACGUUUCUACAGGAAUGUGCGCUGCACCUGCAACGGAGGACUGUGCCCGGGGUCCAACGAUCCUUGCAUGGAGAAGCCAUGUCCAGGGGACAUGCAGUGUGUCGGUUAUGAAGCCAGCAGGAGACCAUACCUCUGCCAGUGUCCACCAGGGAAGCUCGGAGAGUGCUCAGGGCACACUUCUCUCAGCUUUGCUGGAAACAGCUACAUCAAAUACCGGCUUUCUGAAAAUAGCAAAGAAGAGGACUUUCGGCUAGCUCUGAGGCUGCGAACUCUGCAAAGCAACGGGAUUAUAAUGUACACCAGAGCAAAUCCCUGCAUAAUUCUGAAGAUCGUGGACGGCAAGCUGUGGUUCCAGCUGGACUGUGGCAAUGGCCCGGGAAUCUUGGGCAUCUCGGGCCGCGCCGUCAACGAUGGGAGCUGGCACUCGGUCUUCCUGGAGCUCAACCGCAACUUCACGAGCCUGUCCCUGGACGACAGCUACGUGGAGCGGCGUAGGGCGCCCCUCUACUUCCAGACGCUGAGCACCGAGAGCACCAUCUACUUCGGGGCGCUGGUGCAGGCGGAUAACAUCCGCAGCCUGACCGACACGCGGGUCACGCAGGUGCUGAGCGGCUUCCAGGGCUGCCUGGACUCGGUGGUGCUGAACAACAACGAGCUGCCGCUGCACAACAAGCGCAGCAGCUUUGCGGAGGUGGUGGGCCUGACCGAGCUAAAGCUGGGCUGCGUGCUCUACCCCGACGCCUGCGAGCGCAGCCCGUGCCAGCACGGGGGCACCUGUACCGGCCUGCCCUCCGGGGGCUAUCAGUGUACCUGUCUCUCACAGUUCACCGGGAGAAACUGUGAGUCUGAGAUCACAGCCUGCUUCCCAAACCCCUGCCAGAAUGGAGGCUCCUGCGACCCAAUAGGGAACGCUUUCAUCUGCAAUUGCAAAGCUGGGCUCACUGGAGUCACGUGUGAGGAGGACGUGGACGAGUGCGAGCGGGAGGAGUGUGAGAACGGGGGCGCCUGCGUCAAUGUGUUCGGCUCCUUUGUCUGCAACUGCACGCCUGGCUACGUGGGCCAGUACUGCGGGCUGCGCCCCGUGGUCGUUCCCAACAUCCAGGCCGGCCACUCGUACGUGGGCAAGGAGGAGCUCAUCGGCAUCGCGGUGGUCCUCUUCGUCAUCUUCAUCCUGGUCAUCCUCUUCAUCGUCUUCCGCAAGAAGGUCUUCCGCAAGAACUACUCGCGCAACAACAUCACGCUGGUGCAGGACCCCGCCACGGCCGCCCUGCUCAACAAGAGCAACGGCAUCCCGUUCCGCAACCUGCGGGGCGGCGGGGACGGCCGCAACAUCUACCAGGAGGUGGGGCCCCCGCAGGUGCCCGUGCGCCCCAUGGCCUACACGCCGUGCUUCCAGAGCGACUCCAGGAGCAACCUGGAUAAGAUCGUGGACGGGCUGGGCGGCGAGCACCAGGAGAUGACCACGUUCCACCCUGAGUCGCCGCGCAUCCUGACCGCCAGGCGCGGUGUGGUCGUGUGCAGCGUGGCCCCCAACCUCCCCGCCGUGUCGCCCUGCCGCUCCGACUGCGAUUCCAUCCGCAAGAAUGGCUGGGACGCAGGAACCGACAACAAAGGGGUUGAUGAUCCGGGAGAAGUGACCUGCUUUGCAGGCAGUAAUAAAGGCAGCAACUCUGAAGUUCAGUCUCUCAGCUCCUUCCAGUCAGAUUCUGGCGACGACAAUGCCUACCACUGGGACACCUCUGACUGGAUGCCCGGGGCCCGCCUGUCGGACAUAGAGGAAGUGCCCAACUAUGAGAACCAGGAGGGAGGGUCUGCACACCAGGGCAGCACUCGGGAGUUGGAGAGCGAUUACUACCUGGGCGGCUAUGACAUCGACAGCGAGUACCCACCCCCCCAUGAAGAGGAGUUCCUGAAUCAGGACCAGCUGCCCCCUCCCCUGCCAGAGGAUUUCCCAGACCAGUACGAGGCCCUGCCCCCUUCCCAGCCCGUCUCACUGGCCAGCACCCUGAGCCCGGACUGCAGGAGACGGCCUCAGUUCCACCCCAGCCAGUAUCUCCCUCCCCACCCAUUCCCCAACGACACGGAUUUGGUGGGCCCGCCUGCCGCCUGUGAAUUCAGUACUUUUGCCGUGAGCAUGAACCAGGGCGCAGAGACGGCCGGCCCAGCAGACAGCGUGUCUCUAUCCUUGCACAAUUCCAGAGGCACCUCGUCCUCGGAUGUGUCGGCCAGCUGCGGCUUCGACGAUUCCGAAGCAGCCAUGAGUGACUAUGAGAGCGUGGGCGAGCUCAGCCUCGCCAGCCUGCACAUUCCUUUUAUGGAGACUCAGCACCAGACCCAGGUGUAGACAGCCGCGGGCGCCGUAGCCCUGUCUGUGGCUGAACUGCGGAAGGAGGCUGGCCGGGCUCGGGUCUCCACGGCCUGCAGCCGGAAAGAAACACAUUGUUUGCCGCUGGGAACUUCUUCACAAGUCCUGCUGCCACGGGCAAGCUCCACUCCAGCUAGGCAGAAAGAAAGGCUCUGAUUGUUUCUUGGGGGUGAUGGAGAGCCUUGCAGUAGGUACCUGUGUUCACAGCCAAGACCGGGCACCAAGUUUCUACAGGGCGAAUCAACUCCACCCAUUGGGUUAUACAGCCUAUCUUGUAUGGCUUUGUGCAGUAUUUGGGACCUGGAAAGGGUUACGGCAGAGCCGGCAGUAUUAACGACUGGCAAGCAGAAAGAGGCAUUGUUGCAUGUAAUUUUGAGCCAAUGGGGGGUGGGGGGUUAAAACAGUAGUUAUGAUGGUCAGAAAAGUUAGUCUCUUAGGCAAAAGAAAAGAGAAACAAAUAUUAAAUAAAUAAAAAAACAGACAAGAAAAUGGGCUGAAGCCUUUAAAAUCAACUCUAUUUUUCUUUAAUAAGCUGUCCAAUUUUCAGCUAUAAAAUUAGGUUUGGGUAAUAUGGUUUGUAUGCUUAGUUAUUUUUGUUUGUUUGUGUUAAGCAUCCAAUAUAAUAUAGUUGGGCUUUAUGAUCUUUGAGAAGGGUAUCAGUGGAGGGAAAUAUGAGGAUAUGUGGGCUCGCUUUUGUGGGUUGGGGAGAAGGUUAACAGUGUUCACACAUUAGAAAGAAUGUGAUUAUCUGUUUUGUGUUUUCCAGAAAUAUUCCUGGCUCUCGCUACAAUUUUAAUAUUGCUGCAGACAUUGGCCUUUGUUCUGAGAAUCAGGGAAGAAAAAGAAAAAACAAAAGACAAAACACAAACAAAAGGUGUACUUUAGCGCAUUGUUCUCUAGAAUGAGAGGUAUUCAGAGGUUUAAGCAGAAUUCAAAUUCAGGAGGAAAAAGGGAAACAUCCUUCCAAAGUUUUCAGCUGGAUAAUCACAAUUCUUGCUAAUGCAGACAAAAAUCUAAGUGUUAUCCUAAAUUGGUAGCAUCCUCACUAUAAAUGCAAUUACGUUUGGAAAAGGAGAAAGUAGAUUAGCUCUUGUGUACAAAUUAUAAUAGUGCGUGUGUCUGGGCCUAUGUACAAAUAUGUGCUUGCACUCAAUAAGGCUGCUCUUGAGGAAAGCGGGCGCGAAGAGUUUAGGAUACAGAUCGUGUUGAACACCCUGCCAGCAAGGCAGGUCUUUCACUUUCUCCGAUCUCUCCAGUGUCAGAGAAACACAAAAUGCCAUAUUUUGCUCCGGUUCAGUUAACUUUAUUUUGGUACCGCCAUUUAUAUUAACUUAAAACAAAACUGUGCUUUUUAAAGAAUAAUAUUUUGUUAUCGUUUUCCAGAACUAAACUCUUAUUUGAAAAAUGUGUAAUGCUUGAUCACACCCUGGGGUUCUCCUCUCUUCUGACACGUGGGCUUGAGCCAUAUGAGUUUCCAAAAUUGACAGGAGAAUCAUUCCACCAGAAAUAGAAUAACCCAGUACUCGAAGCUUAAAGUUACCAAGUUGACGGACUUUCCUCUUUCGCUUCAAUCGGAUUAUGGCCACGUGCACAGUGGCCAUGGUAAAUAAAUGCACAUUUGCACUAGCUGCUUCAUGAGCAAAUCUCUGUGUCCACAGUUUCUGGUGACAUAUGGCAUUGGUGUGUCAAUUGUACUGUCCUGAAUCCGCGUAUCAUCCACUCAGACACAUCUUUAGUGGCUUCAGUUGUGUUUAGUAGGAGUCAGUGUUGCUGAAGUUCGUUGUAAAAAAAAAAAAAAAAAAAAAAAAUUCCUUUCCAUUCCCAAGCUUCCUGAGUACAUGAGACACUUCACAGAUUCCUCGGCUUUUCUCCUCUUCCCGUCUCUUGGUCAGUCCUACUCGUGGAGGCAUUAUCCACACUGUGGUCUUGAAAUAAAUGAAUUUCACUGACGCUGCUUUGGAGAAUAAAGUCUUUGGUAUUUUUCUUAUAGAAGAAGCACAUUUGCAAGAAUCGCGGAGAAAACGAUGAACUAAUGGUCUAGAAUAGAAUCACCGCUACACUGUUAAUAACGCAAUGACAUAAAAACCAUCAAAGUAAAACCAACAAUUCAUUUCUUGCCCCCAGGAAACAUUACAGCGACAUUAAUGCCGACGGCUCACUACUGCUUACCCAGCAUCUCCUCCAGGGAGAAUGCCUGACUGACACGGUAAUGAAGGAGUAAAUAGAUCUUAAUGCAGUCGUGAAGUCACCCAAGAAAAUUGUGCCCACUUUUUGCUCUGGCCUAUAUAAAAUACCUCUUUCUUCAGCAUAUCUUCCCCUGAUUCUCUGCAGCUAAAUGUAUACCAGACGAGCAUGUGUUAUGUUGUGAUUCAUUACCUUUAAACACAUGGCAUCUUUUCCCUUUGGGGAUAACUGGAUUUCCCUGUAGGUUACAAAAUGGUUUGUAGUUAGGCCAAUGUGGAAUUAGGUGGGGUGACUGCUGAUUCAAAGAGCUGGAAGGGUCCUUAAAAUCCCCUUGCCUAACCCCCUUGUUUUAUAAAAGAGGAAACAUGGCUGGAGAGGCGAUGAGACUUGACCGAGCUCACGCAGGAAGUUAAGUAGCUGAACAGGGACUAGAACGCAUCAUUCUGCCAAGAUGCUUUCUAUAGAACACUGCUCACCACUAACUUUCCUGGGAUAUGGUAUCUGCCUGCUUCUGUUGACCUCCCACAAUCCUGCUUUGGAAUACGCUAGAAAAGAGAGUUCAUGGAAGCCUUAGGAUCUCCUGCUUGCUUGCAGCCCCCCUAGGAAGGAUGCAGUUACAGAAUUCACACUUUUCUUUGGACAUUUAUCAAAAUGCUGCUUUUACCAAAUGAAUGUUUUCUAAAGUGAAGCUGGAAUGAUAAUUACAGAAUGGAGCUCAGACCAGGCAUCAAUUAUAGUGAAACUUUGAUUAUAAUGUUACCUACUGGAUGCAUUUUUGUUUUUCUUUUUUCUUCCCCCCUACCAGUCCUGAUGUUUGUUCCUGCCCCCUCCACCAUGAUGAACCACAUGGAAAAUAUGUAAGCCAGGAAAUGUCUUUCCCUUUUUUCUAACAUGUAUGUGCUACCUCCUAGAAGCCAUUUUCCAUAGCCUGUUGUAGGCACUUUAUCUGUAUUGCACACAUUCUGGUUAGGUUGAAAGCAGCUAAUGUCAUAGCAUUGUCGUAGCAGAAGCGAUGGGGCUGUAAAAGAUGAGUAAUGUACGUGUUCAUUUGCUUUCUUCUGCAAGUAUUUUGCUGCUGAGUUCCAUACCGUGCCAGCUUUCCAUUUACUCACGUCCUGCCCAUUCGUGAAAUGCCAUUGUCGAAGACCCAGUAGUAGCAGUAAGAGCAGGUCAAGUCUAUGCAUUUGAGGUUUACCCUGUCAGACAAUCAGUUUGAAGGCCUGGAAAGGGAAUUUAUGAUGCAUUCCUGGAACGUGUCUGGAGCCGCCCUUGGGAGUCACCAGCGCAGACUGGGACAAAGCUAGUAAAAGAUCUAUACCACUGGCCAACUCCUACUUCUUCCCACCCCCACCCCACCCACUGCCCCUGCUAAUGCCGUGUCUACAUAAUCAAAGUCAGGGGACUUGAGAAAAGAGAUCACCACAGUGAAUCGCACAAGAUGCAGAACUCACCUCCCUGGGAACGAAUUCAGGAAGAUGUAGCAUUCGUUUUGCAGGGGCUGUCCAGGUAAUUGUCUGUUUUUUCCCCACUUCUGCCCUCCCAGUGCACGGAUACUGCUAACGUGGUUAGGCUUUUAUGUUUCGUGUUUCUAGUUUCACACCAUGAGAAAUGGAGGUUCGAAGAGGCCCUACUCCAGAGUCCUCAUUUUGUGUGGUCUGUGAGAAGGCGGUUACGUGUUUAUGCUGGUUUUUGUCCCGCGACCUUCAACUGCACAUUAUUCUGGUGGAAAUCCACAAUGGCUUUAAGCUUCUGGCUGCGUAAUUCUAGGGUUUAGAGUCACCAUUUGUGGAUUUGGCAUCAGUUACUAUUUAGCCAGCUGGCUAAGAGGUAGGAAAAGAGUAAGAUUUUCUUUCCUUAUGUAAUAAUGAAAAGCAAUAAUUACAAGUAUGUAAUAAUACACAAAGGCCAUAAUUAGUCUCUUCCAGUGUUGGAGAUGCACUGGAGAAUCGUACAGUCAUUCGAAGCGUGUUGGGACCCAUUGGUAUGGACCGCAGCACCCUUCCGGCAAACAAAUACCUGAAUUGCUACUACGUAACAACUCUGAGCCCAUACUACUGCAUUUGGGGAGGUGACAAACAUGUUCAGGAAAUGGAAGCAGUUCUUUUUAAGCACUGUAUCAGAGAGAUUGUCUUGUAAAUUUACCUGUUACAAACAGGCUGGUUUGUAAAAGAUGUAUGUUUUGGUGUUUCAAAUGUUUAUAAAAUUGUAUAUAAUGGUUUCAAUUUUCCAGGCUUUUGUAGAUACUGUAUUUGAUGCCUAUCAGGAUGCUUUAAUUUCGGGGGGUCGAAUAUAAUUCUAAGUCACCCAUGCUGUUGGUCUGCCACUUUUGAGAUAACCACACACACACACACACACACACACACACAGGAUUUUAGAUUUGCAAAUGAUGUUUUUUAAUCAUUUCAAAAUGUACUGUAACCUUUCUUUGGUUCUACUGUUUUCAUUUAACUUUCUCUGUUUCCAAGAAGAUGUUUGUAAUUGACAUUUUUUAAAACAAGUGUGUUUUGCCCAGUUACUAAAUACCUGAUUUUUACGUCAUUUCAAAUUCAGAUGAAGUAUGUCAUUUCUUUACAUACACGCACGCGCACUCCCCUGAACUUGCACACACAUCACAUACCAAACCUUAUGCAAAGGGGGAAGCUAGCACUUCAAGUGAAUCUUGUCCCUUAUGGAAAUGGAUUGUUUCUGCAUAUAUUGCUGUUGGCAGUAUUCAGUCUUGUGUUCUUUUUCUAAAAAAAAAAUUUAAAAAAAAAAGAAGAAGAAGAAAGAAAGAAAGCAAAACAAACAUCAGCAACAACAAAAAGACGGCCAAAAACAAAAACCACAAAAAAACAACCCAACAGUGUACAGGUUUGUAAUUGCCAAAAUUUGAUGGUUAAAACACGUUUUCAAGUAAAAAAAACA